AGCAUUGCUCCAUAUAUGAUCAAAUAUUAUGCACAGAAUCACUCUACAUGGCUGCUCGCUCUAUCGUAGUUCAGAAGAAAAAUGUACACUAAAAAGGUUCAAUCCCAAGUGGACGCCCCCAUAAGUGCAGGAGGAUGAAGAGUGGGUAUGGGAGGUCGAGAAAAAGGGAGGAGAAGCUGAAAAUAGAGGGAUGGACAUCAUUCUGCAGUGAGCAGACUUUUCAGGGUGUCAGUAAAGAAACAGUCAGUAUAACUCUGCAGGCAGGGCGGAUGCUCGGAAACUCUCUCUCACUCUUACUUUCCUCUCGUUGCUUUGUCUCCCCUUUAUUCUCCUUUCUGUAUUCUGCACUGUGUUGUGCCAGUCGGAAGAUAAACCCGGGAAAACACAUUCUGACUCAGAGGAGAAGAUGAAGUCCUGCUUGGUUUUUCUCGUCACCUGUGUGACUCUGCUCUCACUGUGUCACGCCACGCCGCUGUUCUACAACACGUCCAUGGACGGCAGUGGUGAUGAAGCUGAGCUGGAGCUCCUUUUUCCAACCUCGUUCUCCACUCGAGUACCUGUUCACAUCUCGGCUGCUACAGGAGCUCCCAGCCUCACCAACACCAUCACCACCACCAUGAUCCGCCUGAAGGACUUCGUCUUUACCCGAGUAGUGGACUUCCUGCAGGAGAAUCUGCUCAUCAUCAUCGUUGUGACCUCUCUUCUCAUCGUCAUGGUCUUCAUCAUCUGCUGUGCCUCUGCCAUGAGUCAUAAGCGCAAGCUGGAGGCCUACAAACCCCCCCCUAAUCCAAACCGGAAGCAUGUGGCUGAUAAAACAGGUGCACUCAAGAAUUCAAGUGAGCCUCAGGAGAGGCCGUACGCCGUCGACCACGUCAAGAGGGUCCAGACUCAGAGCAUGGCUUCCCCCAAGAACCUGCGCAUUCCCUCGAAGGCUCUGGUGGGAGAGAAGGGGAGAGACGUCAGGUCGUCGCCUCGCCAGGAGGUCAGAAAGGUCAGGGAGGCAGAGGAGGUGGAAAAGCGGAGAGAGGAGCCCAAGCACAAAGAGCAGCCCAAGCACAAUGAGGAGGUGCAGCAGAGCUCCAGCCCCAGCACCAGCGCCGGUCCUUCAGUCUGCACCUGCCACCUGAAAAAGGCCCACCACUAGGGCAUGUUCAAGGCUGAUGUUGGCAUGA